AUGUUUACUACAGCCCUGCUGGUCGUCGUGCUCAUAGCGCUGUACAGCUAUUACACCAGAAAGUUUCAGUACUGGAAGCUCCGUGGACUCGCAGAGGAAGCUUACUGGAGAUAUCCCGAGGAAAAAGUGGUGGGUUUCUAUAGAGGCAGAAACCCGCAGCUCGUCAUUCGGGACCCAGAAUUAGCAAAGAAGGUCCUCAUGACCGACUUUUUCCACUUUUAUCCACGCGGAAUGCUCUCAUACACGCAUAAAGGGGAGCCAAUGUUCCGGAAUCUCUUCUUCGCGGACGGCGACGUGUGGCGAUUAUUGCGCCAGCGACUUACGCCAGCGUUCACCAGCGGAAAACUCCGAGCUAUGUUCCCCCUCAUUCAAGAGCGCGCUAAACAUCUCCAGACUCGCGCUUUGCGCUUGGCGUCUGGACCUUCGGGCGCAGUACUGGACGCGCGAGACCUUAUGGCUCGCUAUACGACAGAUUUUAUAGGCGCUUGCGGGUUCGGAUUAGACGCUGCCUCCCUCCAAGACGAAGAUUCGGAAUUCAGAAAGCUAGGAGUCAACAUCUUCAAAUUAGGAUUCAAGCACAUCAUAAAAAUCUUCUUGAAAGAAACAUUCCCGACGCUAUUGAGAGAUCUUAAAUUUAUGGAACAUGUGGAGACAAAUAUCAUGCAUUUAAUGAGAGAGGUAUUGAAACAGAGGAAUUAUGAGCCAUCGAAUAGACACGACUUCGUAGAUCUACUGCUGGAAUGUCAGAGACAAGGAAUCAUAGAAGGAGAGUCUUUGGAACGGGCGGGCGAGCGCUGCGAACUCCGAAUGGACGACGAGUUGUUAGCCGCGCAGCUUUUUGUGUUCUUCGCUGCUGGUUUCGAGACAUCCUCCUCUGCAACUAGCAUCGCUCUGCAUUACCUGGCGCACAACCCGCGCGUCCAACAGAAGGUGCAUAAAGAAAUAGACACUAUUCUGGCCAAGCACGACAACAAAUUGACAUACGACGCUGUUAAAGAAAUGUCUUAUAUAGAAUGGACUUUCAAGGAAGCCAUGCGGCUAUUUCCUCCUCUCGGCUACCUGACGCGAGAGUGCGCGCGAAAGUAUACGUUCGAAGAACUCAAUUUGACGGUGGAUGAGGGCGUGAAGGUGUUCAUUCCGCUGCAAGCGAUGCACAAUGACCCGAAACACUUCGACGCUCCUCACGAAUUCCGCCCCGAACGUUUUGACCCGACUGCGCCAGACGCCCAGCGAUACAAACACGUCUAUAUCCCCUUCGGGGACGGACCCAGGGCUUGUAUUGGUGCUAGGCUGGGUCUAAUGCAGUCAGUGGCGGGGUUGGCAGCGGUGCUCGCAGUGUGCUCUGUGAGCCCAGCGCCGAACGCACCACCGUUCCCGAGCCUUAACCCUGCUUCUAACGUAGUACAAACGGUGAAAACCGGAGUUCCAGUGGUUUUUAAACCUCGGUCUGCCGCUUAA